GUAACUAAUUAUUGAGACAGCAUAGUUUUGUGGUUAAAGUGUGGACUCUGGAGCCCGGCUUGAUAUCCUCCUCGGCCACUUGCGACAUUGGGCAAGUUUCUUAACUUCUCUGCGACUCAGUUUCCACAUCUGAACAAUGGUGAUAAUAGUAGCAUUUACCUCAUAGGAUUGUUGGGAGAAAUAAUUAAUGAAGGCAAAAUCUGGCACAUCGUAAGCACUCAAAAAAAAAAAAAAAAUGCCAGCAAUUAUUGUGUGCCAGACACUAUACAAGAUCAUGACUGUAAAGGGUAGAUGGGAGAACAAAAUGGAUUGAGAUAAGUCUUGGUUAAAAUCCAGGUAUAAAUCCUGUGCUGAAGACAUGCAUAAUACUGAUAUAUAAUGAAGGGAGAUGUACUGGAGAAGUGAUAAAGGAUAACUUAAGCUGUACUUAAGAAUGAAUACAAGUCUGUGAAGGAUAUGAGGGGUGGCAGAGUGUUUCUUGCAGAAGGCUUUGCUUAAAGAGUCAACUGUAGAAGUGUAUGCCAUUCUCAAGAAGCUGAGUAUACAAUGUUGUUAGAACUAAGGUCAUUUCCGUCAGGAAUCUCCUCCUAACUGUCUCUAAAACAGUACUUCACAUACUUGAAAUGUUCUUUUUAUGUUUUUCUCCCUCACCUCAGGACAAGGAUCUCACAUUAUUGGUCUCUGUCUCCCCACAUAAUAGCAUUUGGUAAAUGUUUGUUGAACUUGAGGAGAUAUAUGGAAGAUGAAUCUGGAAAGGGAGAACAUCUUUGGUCCUACAAUUUUGUUGAUACUGAUAUUUUUCUAAGUUGUCUUGAAGAGCCUGCUUUUUAUGUAAACAGCUGACUAGACCUCAUAUUUUUCACUCCAUAAGCCUAAAACCUACAGUUGCCAGAGAUUUUUAAACGGUACUUUUGAAUAUAUCCUUAAUCUGAGAGCUCUUCCAUUCUUAUUCCAAAAUGUUGAGAUACUGGGGAGAGAUACCAAUCUCAUCAAGCCAGACCAAUAGAAGUUCUUUUGAUUUGCUCCCACGAGAGUUCCGUCUUGUGGAAGUUCACGACCCACCACUGCACCAGCCCUCAGCCAAUAAGCCCAGGCCCCCCACUAUGCUGGACAUCCCCUCCGAGCCAUGUAGCCUCACCAUCCAUACUAUUCAGCUGAUCCAGCACAACAGACGGUUGCGCAGCCUCAUUGCCACAGCUCAGGCCCAGAAUCAGCAGCAGGCAGAAGGUGUAAAGACUGAAGAGAGUGAACCUCUUCCUUCGUGCCCUGGGUCACCUCCUCUCCCUGAUGACCUCUUACCUUUAGAUUGCAAGAAUCCCAAUACACCGUUCCAGAUCCGGCACAGUGACCCGGAGAGUAACUUUUAUCGUGGGAAAGGAGAACCUGUGACCGAGCUCAGCUGGCACUCCUGUCGGCAGCUCCUCUACCAGGCGGUGGCCACAAUCCUGGCCCAUGCAGGCUUUGACUGUGCUAAUGAAAGCGUCCUGGAGACUCUGACUGAUGUGGCACAUGAGUAUUGCCUUAAGUUCACCAAGUUGCUGCGCUUUGCUGUGGACCGGGAGGCCCGACUGGGACAGACUCCGUUCCCCGAUGUCAUGGAACAGGUCUUCCAUGAAGUGGGCAUUGGCAGUGUGCUCUCUCUCCAGAAGUUCUGGCAGCACCGCAUCAAGGACUACCACAGUUACAUGCUACAGAUCAGUAAGCAACUCUCUGAGGAGUAUGAAAGGAUUGUCAAUCCUGAGAAGGCCACAGAGGACACUAAACCUGUAAAGAUCAAGGAGGAACCUGUGAGUGACAUCACCUUCCCUGUCAGUGAGGAACUGGAGGCAGACCUUGCUUCAGGAGACCAGUCCCUGCCCAUGGGGGUCCUCGGGGCUCACACUGAGCGCUUCCCAUCCAACCUGGAGGUUGAAGCUUCACCACAGGCUUCAAGUGCAGAGGUAAAUGCUUCCCCUCUUUGGAACCUGGCCCAUGUGAAAAUGGAGCCUCAAGAGAAUGAAGAAGGAAAUGUCUCCGGGCACGGGGUGCUGGACAGUGAUGUCUUCGAGGAGCCCAUGUCAGGCAUGAGUGAAGCUGGAGUCCCCCAGAGCCCGGAAGACUCAGACAGCAGCUAUGGUUCCCACUCCACUGAUAGCCUCAUGGGCUCCUCCCCUGUCUUCAAUCAGCGCUGCAAAAAGAGGUUGAGGAAAAUAUGAAAGGAGAAGAGGGAGACUUUCUGUCCAAACCUUGAAAGACCCAAUAGAAAAUCUUGAUGUAUUAGACUUUGUUUCUGUAGAUGGUGAUUUUGAUUCUUUUAUCCUUAAACACAGGGAAUUUUUCUGAUUUCAGUGGAUCUGGAUUGAACCAAAUAAGGUUGUAUUUUACUUUUGCAUCCAGGUUUUGUAGUUUUCCAGAACCAAGCCACAUUUCACAGACAAAAUGUGAUGCUAGGAUGGUAAUCAGACCAAAGCCCCAUCCCCAACUCUUGUCUUUACUAUGUAACUAGACAAGUUACUUCUCUAGAGCCAUUUCCCUUGCAAAACUGAGAAGAAGCAUACCUGCUUUGACCUACUUCCCAGAGAUGUGAACACUGAGAUGUUUGCUAAACUUCAAAGCUGUGCUUGAAUACAUGUUAUAUAUAUA